UGGAUAAAUUUCAGAGGGAGAAAUGGGAAAAAAAAUCACAACUUUGUCCUAAAAACUUUCGAGUGUGAGAAAACAAAGACAGGCACAUCCAGACGCUCACCUCCACCACCACCACCACCAACACCAAAGAACUCCUCCGCCAACCACCAGCUCCUCCACCUCCCCUAUCAUUUUAAAACACACACAUUGCAAAAUCUACUGCGUACCAAACACUUAGCAUAGAUUCUACCUACCUAUCCUUCCAUUUGUCUUAAUCGUGAGAGUUUCUGUUUACAAAACGACUUCUCUUUUUGGAUAAAACUACCCCUUUUCACUCUCUAACAAGGAGGCGAUCUAUAUACCACCGAUCAACUCUCUCUCAGUUGCGAUCGUUCUCGUUUUGUUGAUAUCGAGGAUCGAUCUGAGAUUUGAAAGGAUAUUAGGGGAAUUAAGUGGAAUGUAAUUUGCAUGGGUUGAGGAUGCCAGAAUUGAGAAGUGGAGCCCGGAGAUCGAAGCGUCUUGAUGAUCUUCAGACUCUUCAACAACCGAUCAACCCAGCAGAGAAUUGGAUCCAACCUGCUCAAAACAAGACCAGAAGAAGAGUUGGUGGUAGAGGAAGAGGUGGCAAUGCCACAGGUGUAGCAAAAGGCGCUUUGCCGGCAAUACCCACGAGGCUGACUGCUGCUGGUAGAGGCCGGGGCAUUAGGUUGAUAGAUUUAGACCCAGAACCUUGUGAGGUUGAAGCUGCAGCUUUAGGAGCUGCUGAACCAGGUUAUAAUCGAGUUGAGGUAGUGGCAGACAAAGAUAUUGCGAUGGAUGGUGGGAGUGCAGAGAAGGCAAUGGGAGUUGAAGAAGAAGGAAACACGACUCCAGUUCCAGAGAGGGUGCAAGUGGGUAAUUCUCCUAUGUAUAAAAUAGAAAGGAAGUUGGGUAAGGGUGGUUUUGGCCAAGUUUAUGUUGGCAGAAGGGUAAGUGGUGGUACUGACAGAACUGGACCAGAUGCGAUUGAGGUAUGACUGAAGAUUUCAUUUCUGUAUCUGUGUGUUUUAAUGCUGUAAUCACUUGUAAUCUGGUGCAUUGAGUUCCUUUCCUUACAGGUCGCUUUGAAGUUUGAGCACCGAAAUAGCAAAGGUUGCAAUUAUGGCCCUCCUUAUGAGUGGCAAGUGUAUAAUACUCUAAAUGGAUGUUAUGGAAUUCCUUGGGUGCAUUACAAGGGUCGUCAAGGAGAUUUCUACAUUUUGGUCAUGGACAUGCUUGGACCCAGUCUUUGGGAUGUUUGGAAUUCCCUGGGCCAAUCGAUGUCACCAAGUAUGGUGGCCUGCAUUGCUGUGGAGGCAAUAUCAAUUCUUGAAAAGCUUCAUAUGAAGGGGUUUGUGCAUGGAGACGUGAAACCAGAAAAUUUUUUGCUUGGUCAACCUGGAAGUGCUGAUGAAAAAAAGCUAUAUCUUAUUGAUCUUGGUUUGGCAUCUAGAUGGAAAGAUGCAUCAUCUGGUCAACAUGUUGACUAUGAUCAGAGGCCUGAUGUAUUCAGGGGAACAAUAAGGUAUGCUAGUGUACAUGCGCAUUUAGGCCGAACUGGAAGUCGGAGGGAUGAUCUCGAGUCAUUGGCUUACACAUUGAUAUUUCUUAUAAAAGGAAGAUUACCCUGGCAGGGGUAUCAGGGGGAUAAUAAGAGUUUUCUUGUUUGUAAGAAAAAGAUGGCCACUUCUCCAGAGUUGAUGUGUUGUUUUUGUCCUGCCCCAUUCAAACAAUUCCUUGAAGCGGUUACAAAUAUGAAGUUUGAUGAGGAGCCCAACUAUUCGAAGCUAAUAUCUUUUUUUGAAAGCCUUAUUGAACCUUGCACACCAUUAAGACCAAUUAGAAUUGAUGGAGCUCUUAAGGUUGGACAAAAGCGUGGAAGAUUGCUUAUAAACUUGGAAGAGGAUGAGCAACCAAAGAAGAAAGUACGAUUAGGCAGUCCUGCUACACAGUGGAUUUCUGUUUACAAUGCUCGUCGACCAAUGAAGCAGAGAUAUCAUUAUAAUGUGGCAGAUGCAAGGCUGCGCCAGCAUGUGGACAAAGGGAAUGAAGAUGGGUUAUAUAUCAGUUGUGUGGCCUCUUCAGCUAAUCUCUGGGCCCUAAUCAUGGAUGCUGGAACUGGUUUCACUACGCAGGUUUAUGAACUGUCAGCUGUCUUCCUGCACAAGGAUUGGAUUAUGGAACAGUGGGAAAAGAAUUUCUAUAUUAGUUCAAUAGCUGGUGCAAGCAAUGGAAGUUCAUUAGUUGUUAUGUCCAAAGGAACUCCUUACACCCAGCAGUCAUACAAAGUGAGUGAAUCUUUUCCUUUCAAGUGGAUAAAUAAGAAGUGGAAAGAAGGCUUUCAUGUCACAUCCAUGACAACUGCUGGCAGUCGCUGGGGUGUGGUGAUGUCCAGGAAUGCUGGAUAUUCAGAUCAGGUUGUGGAGCUUGAUUUUUUGUACCCGAGUGAAGGAAUACAUCGGCGAUGGGAAAAUGGUUACAGGAUCACAUCUAUGGCUGCCACUGCUGAUCAGGCCGCCUUCAUAUUAAGCAUACCAAAACGGAAAAUGGUGGAUGAAACUCAGGAAACACUUCGUACCUCUGCCUUCCCAAGCACCCAUGUAAAGGAAAAAUGGUCCAAAAACCUCUACAUUGCAUCAAUCUGUUAUGGACGAACUGUCUGCUAAUUUCUGGUGUAAAUGUGGGUGGAGCAUCCCCAAAAAAACUUCAUAGUUUCAAAAUUUGAAAGCUGAGAGGGUAUUUUGAGACCUAACAUGGAAUUGGUUGGCUGGCUUUCUCCUGCAAGUUAAGGUAAACUCAAGCUUCUCAUAUAGGAUCUCCGCAUAUAUUGAUUGUACAAGGGAAAAGAAAAAGGGAUAGAGAAAAGAGAGCUGGUGCCCUGAGCCACAAUCUGAGCUGGUGGGCAAUAGCUUGUUAAAACAUUUAUAUGUAUUAGUACCUGGCUAUUGCAGUCGAGUUGUGCUUCAUUACUGUCAUUAUGCUUUGGCCUUUUGAGUUGUCAUAAAUGGAAGACAAGUAUAUUGCCAUGUA